AUGUGCGAACUAGAAGUGUUCGGCGACUACUAUCGUGGAUGCGGACAUUUUAUAAGGUCGUACUACUCAGGGGAAAAAUUCGACUGCAAUUCCCAAACGUGUGGCAUCAGCAGCGCGCAUAUACACAAAGCUCCAAAUUGUCGUUGCAACAAGACUCCCUAUGACCAUCAAAGAGUCGUGAAUAUGUUUCAUACUCCUUGUGACGAAUGCAGAUCGUUCGACCGCCUCCCUCGCUGA